AAGUUAUUGAAUUUUCAUUAAAGAGACAAAAAUAUAUGACAAAAACAGAAACUAAUGGAAAGGGAACUACUGAUUUUGAUAGAGUUAUUAGUCGAUACAGUGAAUAUUCCUAGAAUACGGGCAAUUUACGAUGAAAUAUUGCCAGCAAAAACAUGCGUCUCGUUUCAAAUAUUGAACUUGCCCCCUAUCAAUAUUUAUCAAGAAACGCCAACAGAAGUUUGCGCCUGUACGCACAAUGGAUCGCAAGUCUUUAAAAAGGGCAAAUCCUGCUUAUUUGCUCUUUCAGACAAUGUCCUACAGAAACCAUUGUGCAACUUUCCCAUAACAAUGUCGGUUUACAAAGAACUACCGCCAGGAGUUUUGCCGGACGUGAUGCUAAUUGGCACUCACCAGAUUCAACUUCGUGGCCUUAUGAACUCUCUGCUGACCAUGUAUAUUUCUCAACACAGUAAUCCGUGCAGAACGAUGAAGAACGCUUUUAAAAUUACCACAGCGACAGGACAACAUGUAGGCGAAGUCACAGUUUUCAUCCGCGCUUCGUGUUUCGGCAAGAAGAUCGUUACGCAAUUUCAGCUUCCUCGCAACAAGGAACCCUAUCUUUUCAAGAGCGUGGACGAUAGUCCUGUCUAUCAAUGCAAGAGGGUCGUUUCCGCUUCCGGUAGACAACAGAUACAAUGCGUGUGCUGUCCCAAGUCUGGCGAUGGCAGCGGAGAAGCUGCAAAGAUUCGCUAUUAUAUUAAUGCCAACGAACGCCAGCGAAAAGAACUGCUGGAGAAUAUCAAGAAAGAUAAAUGUCCUCCGUGUUGUCGCGGUAUACGAGAUAUCGUCAAGAGCAAGGAAACUGUUAGAAAAUGUGGCUGCAUCAUUAAAGAUGAACGGACUUGUAAUUGUGUCCGGUCAAAUAUCAAAUAUUCAACAUGAGUAGAGAACA